GAAUGUCUAUUUGUAUUGGUCACUCGAGCCGAAGACACUGCUGCAGUGUAUGUCUCGUCAAUUCACUGUGCAAUGUCUACAAGUGUUCUUAUUACCAUUAUUCUUCUACUCAGCGCUGCUUGUUUGUUUUUCCGAAAGAGAAAGAACUAUCCACCAGGACCCUUUCCAUGGCCGGUAGUUGGGAACUUACCACUGCUUCGAAGCUUGUCUCGCACACUUGGUGGCCAGCAUUGCGCUUUUCUAGAGCUUUCUCGACAGUACGAUAGCGAUGUCGUUGCACUCCGUGUUGGAUGCAGCGACGUCAUUGCCGUUUCCAACCAGGAAGCUAUUCAAAAGGUUCUUCACAAUGAGGAGUACGAUGGACGACCAUGGAACGAAUUCAUUGAACUGCGAAACUUUGGCAGUAAAACUGGAAUAACUUUCAAUGAUGGACGGGAAUGGCGAGAAAUGCGCGCAUGGCUCGUACGAAAUUUGCGAGCACUUGGUCUAGGCCGCCGUCAAAUGUUAGACUUGAUGACAGAGGAGCUGAAUGGCAUACUGGAGAAGAUGAAAGACGGUGGUGUGCACUGCCUCAACGAAAUCAUAGCACCAGCAGUAAUAAAUGUAUUGUGGACUCUCACCGCAGGAAAAAGAAUUGACGAUAGGCCGAGAAUGCUGUACUUCAUAGAUCUGAUGAAGCGACGUGCUCGAGCCUUCGACAUGAUUGGUGGUACUUUAUCUGCUCUGCCAUGGAUCAGGCACAUAGCCCCUGAAAAAUCCGGAUACAACCUCCUUACCACAGUCAACAUGGAGCUGAAGAGAUUUUUCAUGGAAACGAUUAACGAGCAUAAGAAAAAUUACACUGCAAACAAGCAGGAUGACUUAAUAGACAUGUUCCUCAACGAAAUGUAUUCAGAAGCAAAUUCCGAUGGAUUAUUUAACGAAAAUGAACUGGUGAUGAUUAUGAUGGAUCUGUUCAUCGCCGGGUUAAACACAACUACAACGACAUUGGACUUCUUAUUUCUGAACAUGAUAGUGAACCAGGAGGUUCAAGAACUGCUUCACCAAGAGUUGGACAAGGUGGUCGGUUUCGGCAGAACUCCGGACCUAAACGAUAAAAAAAGAUUGCCAUACACAGAGGCUAUCCUGACGGAGUCGCAAAGGAUGUGUUUAGUCGUACCGGUUAUAGGGCCACGCCGCGUUCUUCGAGAAACUAAACUUUCGGGAUACACGAUACCGCAGGAAGCAACGGUGAUUCUGAACAUCUGGAGCAUACACAUGAAUCCGGAAUAUUAUUCCGAACCGGAUGUCUUCAAACCGGAGAGAUUCUUACAGAACGGAGUUUUCGUCCCAGACAAGAAUCUAAUUUUCUUCGGCGAAGGAAAACGACGCUGUCCAGGCGAAACCCUGGCAAGGUGUGCCAUCUUCCUUAUCUUCGUCGGCGUGAUGCAGCGAUGCCGUUUACUUCCGGUUCCUGGACAGGAGUCCCCCACGCUGGUGCGUGUACCAGGUCUCACAAUUUCGCCAAAGCCGUACGAUGCUCUCCUCAUUCCGAGACAAGCGGCGACUUCGUAUGUUGAUGUACCAAAUUGAUCUGAAAGUUCGAUGGACAGAAAGUUAAAUUUAAACCAUCGACUCCCGUGUUCUUCAGACAUUUACACCAAGUUUACGUAAAAUUAUAUGUUAAAUAGUUUCUUGACCCGUACGUAACGUUUGC